AAGGGAAGCUGGAUGGGCUUCUUAUGUGGAUUGUCGAGAUGAAGAAUGGACAAGGAAGAAAAACGAUUGAAAGAUUGAGGGAUGAGGGAUGAGGGAGGAAAUAGUUCCGCACUCGACUUAGUCACGGAGGGGAUAUUCGGCCGGUCAAAAGCCGAUCGGCCCUAGCGCCCACCGCCUAGCUUCCCGAGAAGUGCUGCGAGCUGCCGUCAGCCUGAACGCGACCUGAAUCAAUAUCCUGCUCAUGAACAAGCUCAGCAAAAUUCUCAGCAAUUCCACUCAGAUUUGCCUUCAAAGUUGGUUCCGCGAAUCACAAACAUUGUCCUCUCUAAAAUGGCUCCUCCGAGAUCAAGACCUCCUCCCGACGACUCGAGAUCUGAGGCUUCGAGCACAAAAGAGAAAGCGGGGACGACCACGACCACCGCGCUCAAUGGCAAAGGGCGACGUGUAGCAGGAAGUGCGAAUGGAGGAAGUUCCUUACGAGAUGUAGUUACAGCAGGACCGAGUGGCACAAAUGGCGGUUCAAGCACGGCUGUGGCAGAAAGCACUCCUGGGUUGCAAUGGAGUUCCUUCGAUGCGUCAAUACUGCAUGGUUACCGAUACGACUAUCGACUAAAUACGCCUGCAGCCUUCAAUGAGCCGUAUAACCAACUUGUCCUCUCACGAUCUCCCAUCGGUCGCUUGUCCCCAACUAUGGCCAGGAAAAAGCAAGAACAACAACACCGACGGCAGAGCAAAGAACAACUAGCUAAUGCCGUACGGAAACACUUCAAUAGCAUGGGCAUUGAAGAGAAUAAAGUGGUUGUGGACUUCUUGUACAAGGUCCGGUGGCAAGGUUUGUCUUUCGUUCUAGAAAUUCUGUCAAGCUAAAGCUUAUAACGUUGCAGAUAAGAAUUUCCGCAUGCGAUUCUCUCCGCAGAGACCUCGUUGAUAUAGCGAUACCUCGCGACUGUUUGCAUAUUGCAUGGCCAUGGCGUUCGAAACUCGAGAGGAGCUUCUG